GCACUGCCAUUCACUCUAGAUCGUUAGUGCACUUCGAGAGUCAUAUAGUCGACUCAGUGGAACCUCCUGAACCUGCUCAGUCUCUUUACCGGUUGCUCCUCACCACUUGCGCGAUUACCAGGCCUCCCCGCGGCAAAACAAUCGGCGAUCUUUGACAACAACCCUUUACCUCUACCACAACCAGAACUACUACCUUGACAGGAAACCUCUAUCAGACCUCCCUCUCUCUCCUCACACCAUUCCACAAUGUUGUUCAACACCGCCCUUUUCACCUCCCUCCUCGCACUCUCCCCCGCACCGACCGCUGCCAUCUCCCAGAUCACGAGGACGGGCAAGUACCUGUACAACGACGGCGGGGAGAGGUUCUACAUAAAGGGAGUUGCUUACCAGCCUCAGGGUGAGGUUGGGCCUUCUUCCGAAGCCAACGAUGCCAACGGUGGUUUCCCCGAACCGUCAUCAUAUAUCGACCCCCUCUCAUCAGCGACCAACUGUACCCGUGACCUUCCCUACUUGCAACAACUCGGAGCGAACGCGAUCAGGGUGUACAGUGUGAACCCGGAUAACGACCAUUCCGAGUGUAUGAGGACGUUCUCGGAUGCGGGGAUUUACGUCUUGCUCGACGUCUCCCUCCCCCUCAACGGAUCUAUUAACCGAGCCUCUCCCGCUUGGACCACCUCCCUUCUUAACGAAUACAUCCGGACCAUCGAUGCCUUUUCACAGUACGACAACUUGUUGGCGUUCAACAUCGGGAACGAGGUCAUCAACUUGCCUGUGAAUACGGAUGCUGGACCUUUCGUCAAGGCUGCAGCGAGGGAUACCAAGGCUUACUUGAAGGCCAAGAACAUCAACGCGCUCGUCGGGUACAGCAGUGUCGAUGGAGAGCCUGCUUUCAGAGAUCCUUUGGCCAACUACUUGACUUGUGGGGAUGAGACCGUCUCGCUCGACUUGUUCGGACUGAACAACUACGAAUGGUGUGGGAACAGCACGUUCGCGAACAGCGGGUGGGAAUCCAUCGUCGAUGACUUUUCAAACCUGCCCGUUGCUGCUUACAUGUCGGAAUAUGGAUGCAUCACCUCGCCCCCUCGACUGUGGCAAGAGGUUGGAUCGCUCUACAGCGCACCGACUACCAACGUCUUCAGCGGUGGAAUCGCCUUCAGCUACUUCCCUACGAGCGAUGGAUACGGGAUGGUCACCUUCGAAGGUACCGAUGGUCAGACCGUCGAGACUUCCGACGACUUCGAUCGACUUGCCGCUCGGUUGAGCAACGUUACCUCGACCCCGAACACCCCUGCUCAAUCGUCCGUCACGGUCACUCAGGGUGAAUGUCCUUCGGCCGAGAACUCGACCUUCCAGGCUAGCAACACCUUGCCGGACACUCCCGACCAAACCGUUUGCAACUGUCUCUAUGAAAACUCGUUCUCUUGUGUCGUUGAGCGAGCUACUGCUGGCAGGCCCGCUAUCAUGGGUGCUCUUAUCGACUACACCUGCUCUUUGCUCGGAUCCACCAACUCGACCGCCACUUGCGCGACCAUUGGUGGUAACGGAACCACCGGACAGUAUGGCGAAUUGUCGUACUGCUCGGACGAGAUCAAAUUGUCCUACAUCUUCUCCGCCUAUUACGAGAGCCAGAACAGGAGGUCGGACGCUUGUGACUUUGCCGGCAACGCUACUGCCGUGCCCCGACCUCCCAACACCCCCGAGGACGCUUCCACCAACGCCGCUCAGUGUUUGGCGCAGGCUCCUCAGGGUGGCGUCUUUACCGUGACGAGUGGUGGGUCCACCCAGACGGCCACUUCAAGCGGGAGCAUGGGUACCGCCACGAGCACCGGUGCUGGUCAACCCACCUCGAGUGGCUCGGCCGGCAACACUGGCGGUGGCUCGAACGGCGCCAUCUCCCUCAACCCGCUACACUUGGGCGGAUCGGUCGCUCUGGUCGGAGCGAUUGCUUUCGCCGUGUUCAUGGUCUAAGGUGCUUCUUCAUGGUCCGUGCUAGUGUGUUUGUUACAACAAGAGAAACCCUUCAAGUCGUGUCGUGCGCUUGUCGCUUCGUAGUCAUAAUGCAUUGUCUGUAGCCUCUUUUCGAGGACGACCGAGGACACUUUCCGUUGCCAUUCAUUUCAUAAUCAUUCGUGCGCA